GGACCGCCGGGUGAAGUACCCAAGAAAUUGGAGGGUCUUGGGUUCCCUUCAAUUUUUUUUUUUUUUCCCGCGGUGUCUGUGUCUCUACGGCUGUAAAGAAGUCGGCUAUCAGCGCCUUGGUGUCUCAAUAUCAUAUCUUGAGCCCUUGGCAAGUGGGGGACGGCCAGGCGAUUGGCGGAUUGAGAGGGGUCCGAUAAGGCGAGAGAGAGAGAACAGUGAACGGACCGGAGCGGCGGCCGGAACGUUGGCGGCGCCGGACCACCCACGACCCUAACUAACCCUGUCGCCGCCAGUCCAGCGACAUGGCUAAUUUCUUGGGUCCGUGGUAUCAUCAAGCAAAAGGUCACCGUUCCUUAUCACCGUUGCAUCCCUUAUAAAAGCCACACCCGCCCUAGGCACGCUCAUGGGUGACCAGUCCGACCAGCCUUUCCCACUCCUCUGGAAAGUGAGAGCCAUCCACCAUGCCCCGUAGCGUGUCCGACGCGCCCAUAGAGGGCGACGGGAUCUUGGUCUCAAACCAGGAUGCUGUCGACGAGAAGUCCGCUGUCAAGGUUCUGGCUGCCAAAGACGACGCCAAGGUCAGUGGGAACGAGCUCAGCGGCGAAGAGGACCGUAGCAGUGUGGAUGAGGACGCUAUCAUCGUCACUGGUGCGGACGCAGCCCUUCACCUGCUCCCGCUGCGAGAUGACUUCGACAAUGCCCUGACCUUUCGGAGUAUCCUCCUGGCUUCCGGUCUGGCGUGCUUCCAGGCCGUCAUGAACCAGAUCUACAUGUUCAAACCCACUGCCGUCAACAUUCAGGGAACCUUCAUCGUCCUCAUCGCCUACUUUGUUGGUAAUGCCUGGGCCAAGUUCCUCCCCCGUGGUGAUAAAUUCGAGGCUCGGUGGAGGGCCAAUGGCGGCCAGGGCAAGCUCCCUUGGUCGAUCGCAAUCCUCAAGAUCCUCAAUUCCGGGCCAUGGUCUCUCAAGGAGCACUCGAUCUGCGCCAUCACGGCCACAUCCGCCUCGAAUGCUGCUGCCUCUGCGCAAGUGUUUGCGGCGCAGAACCUCUUCUAUAACAUGCCCUUCAACGCACUCACGGUCAUCUUCAGCACCAUCUCCAUCGGCCUGUUCGGCUACGGUCUCUGCGGUAUUAUGCGUCCCAUCGCGGUCUGGCACGUAGAGUCCGUCUACUGGUAUACGUUGCCGACUGUCAAGACUCUCCAGGGACUUCACUGGCAGGAAGUCAAAAACUCCAAACCACUCCGAUACUUCUGGUAUGCCUUCGCUGGCAUGUCUCUUUACGAGAUUAUCCCGGCCUAUGUUUUCCCGUGGCUAAACUCUGUCUCAAUCCCGUGCCUGGCUGCCCAAAAGGCCACGGGUUAUACGGGUGAAACGCUCACCAACAUCUUUGGUGGAGCCACUAACAACGAGGGCAUGGGUUUAUUCUCCCUCAGCUUCGACUGGCAAUACAUUACCUCCUUUCAAACCGCCCUUCCUCUUAAGCUGCAGCUUCAUCAAGCGAUCGGUAUCGCUGUCUGCUUCAUCGUCAUGUCGGGAAUCUAUUGGGGCAACGCCUGGAAUGCCAAAUCCCUUCCAUUCAUGUCAACCCAACUUCUUACGGCCGACGGUGACUCCUACCCGCUCACGUCUGUCUUUCCCAACGGUGUGCUCGAUAAAACUGCCUUGGCCAAGUACGGCGUCCCCAGAUUGACGGGCACGUUUGCGUAUGCCAUGCUGAUGGCCAAUGCCGCCAUCGGUGCGUUGAUUAUGCAUUGCAUCCUCUUUUGGGGCAACGACAUCAAGGAGGCAUAUAAAAGCGCAAAGCAGGGCAGAUAUGAUGACCGGCAUCACCAGCACAUGGCCAAGCAUUACAAGGAAGCGCCAUGGUGGUGGUACAUUGCGGUACUUGUUAUCAGCUUCGUCCUUGGUCUCGUCGUGGUCCUCAAAGAAGACAUUGGCAUGCCCGCCUGGGCGUACAUUGUCUCGCUCAUAGUCGGAAUCAUCAUUGCACCAUUCAGUACCAUCCUCUUCGCUCGCUACGGCAACGGUAUUGCCACCAACAACUUAUCCAAAAUGUUGGCAGGUCUCAUGCUUCCCGGACGCCCCGUCGGCAAUAUGUACUUUGCUGCUUGGUCGCACAAUGUCAUCUCCAACGCCGUCAACCUGUCCAAUGACCUGAAGAUGGGCGAAUACCUCAAGAUUCCUCCCCGCGUCAUGUUCUUAACCCAGAUAUACGGUACCAUCCUGGGUGGCUUUAUCAAUUACGCCAUCAUGGUUUCCAUCGUGACCGAUAACAAGGCGCUGCUCGCCACCGGCAACGGAAACUCCUCCUGGAGCGGUGCGACCAUGCAAUCAUACAACACCAACGCGGCCUCGUGGGCUCUCGCCUCCUACCUUUACAAAGCGGGUACCCCGUAUUCAAUGGUCCCUGUUGGUCUCGCAAUUGGUGCUGGUGCUGUCAUCGUCCAUCGUCUCUUCUAUCAGUUUAUCCCCAAGAUCGGCCGUUUCGAUAUCUCGGAAAUCAACAUGCCCCAGUUCAUCCAAUACGCCGGCUACAUCCCGUACAACCAGUCCCAGACCUGCAUUCUCUUCAGCUGGAUCAUCGCCGGUUUCUAUGUCCAAUACUACCUGCGCAACUGGCACCCACGCAUCUUCAAGGACUACUCUUACCUCGUCACUGGCGCCUUUGACGGGGCCAGUCUCACGGUCAUCUUCAUUCUCUCGUUCGCAGUGUUCGGUGCUGCAGGAACAGCGCAUAACAUGCCAACGUGGUGGGGAAACAACGGGAAUGGAAACUACGAUUGGUGUCCGACGACUUAAAGUAGUGUGGUGUCGUUAUGGUGUGACAGCGACAAACUAGGAAACUGGUUUCGUUACGCUGACGGGGAAAAGCGUGUCUAUAUUAGACCUCGCUUGGAAGGAUGCUUUGUGGCUUUGUAUACCUUCAAUACUCUACUAUGGUACAUUCGUGCGAUAAUUACAAUUAAUACGCGAAUUUUGAUUAGUGAG